AAGAACAAAAAAUAAAAGGGAAAAAAAAAAACAACCACACAACCAAAUAAAUGAGCCGGGCGAAGAGCCAGGCUGGGAGCACCAAAGGACGUGCCCGGAGCCGGGAAACGGAGGGAUUCGGGGGGCAAAAAGCUGACCGGAAUGUGGGGAGCGCCGGUCGGCCUGGGGGGCCACCCCACUCCCCCCAGCCUGCUGCCACUGACCUGCCUCCUGGCCCUGCACACAGGUCUCCUGGCGGGGGUGAACAUCACCAGCCCCACGGUGCUGGUCCGCGGCACAGCUGGCAAAGCAGCGCUGCUGUCGGUGCGUUACGCCAGCGCCAGUGCUGACAAGCCAGUGGUGAAGUGGCAGCUGAAGCGCGACAAGCCCGUCACCGUUGUCCAGUCCAUCGGCACCGAGAUCAUUGGCAACCUCCGGCCCGACUACCGCGACCGCAUCCGGGUGCUGGAGAAUGGCUCCUUGCUCAUCAGCCCUUUGCAGCUGGCUGAUGAAGGAGCUUAUGAGGUAGAGGUGUCCAUCACUGAUGACACUUUCACCGGUGAGAAGACCAUCAACCUCACCGUGGACAUCCCCAUCUCAAAGCCACAAGUGCUGGUGGCAUCCUCGACGGUGUUGGAGCUCAGCGAGUUCUUCACCCUCAACUGCUCGCACGAGAACGGCACUAAGCCCACCUACACCUGGCUGAAGGACGGGCGGCCGCUGAGCAAUGACUCCCGCCUGCUCCUCUCCCCUGACCAGAAGAUCCUCACUAUCACCCGUGUUCUCAUGGCCGAUGAUGAUGUCUACAGCUGCCUGGUGGAAAACCCCAUCAGCCAUGGCCGUAGCAUGCCUGUGAAGCUCACCGUCUACCGCCGGAGCUCCCUCUACAUCAUCCUUUCCACAGGCGGUAUCUUCCUCCUCAUCACCCUGGUGACAGUUUGUGCCUGCUGGAAGCCCUCCAAGAAGUACGGCUGCGGGGAGAAGCGCCAGGCAGAGACGCAGGCAGCCCCCGAGUUCUCUGAGCAGGACGAUGAGCGACUGAAGCACGAGGCCGAGAGCAUCCCACGGAGCAGCGACCACGACCGCAAGAACCCGGUGGCCUUGUACAUCCUCAAAGACAAGGACUCACCAGAGGCAGAGGAGGAGUCGCCACCCGAGCCCCGGGUUGCAGUGGAGCCAGGUUACACCAGCUCGCCAGGGCCGGCCGCUGGCCGCUCGCCGGGCCCACCAGUGGGGCGCUCCACUCGCCGCUACCAUCGCUCGCCGGCGCGCUCACCCGCUUCCACGCGGACCCACCGCUCACCCCCUGGUUCACCGGCACGUUCCCGUGGGGCCCCGCGGCUGCUGCGGACUGCUGGCGUCCACAUCAUCCGGGAGCAGGAGGAGGCCAACGCCGUGGAGAUCAGUGCCUGAGCUGCGGGGACACAUGCGCCCUCGGGCGAGCCAGCAGGGACACCGGCUCGGCCCGGCGCAAAGUCACUAAUUUGCUAUUGAUCCCACCCGGAGCUCCCCUCUUCUGUCCCCUGCCUGCCCAGGGCCGCGCUUCCAGGGAUUUCUCGCCGGGACGAGCAUGCCAGGAACAUGCAGGAUGCAUGCGCUGGCUGGGUGUGCAGUGCCCAGAGAGAGCGUGUGAGGGAGCAUGCACAGAGUGUGCAUGGGGAGGGUGCACAAGCAGCGUGCAGAGAGCAAGCGUGUAGUGUGCAGAGGGAGGAAUCAGAGUGUGCAUGAGGGCAUGUGUGGAGCAUGCAGAGAGAGCAAGCAUGACUCAGUGCACAGAGAGAGCAUGCAGGAGAACAUGUACACAAUGUGCUGCAAAAUACAUGCACCAAGCAUGCAGAGAGACCAUGCAGAGAGCGUGUGCACACGCUGCAGGGAAAGCAAUGAUGGAGCAUUCAAAAAGGUGCAACGAGAGUGUGCAUGUAGUGUGCUGAGAGAGCAUGCAGAGAAAGUGUGCAAGAGAGCAUGCACAGAGUGUGCAGAGAGUGUGUGCCAUGCUUGCAGAAGGGCACGCAGACAAGAGUGUGGCCGCAGUGUGCAGAGAGAGCAGUCACAGAGCCUGCAAGAGGGCAUGCAUGGAGUGUGCGCAAAAUUUGUGGCAAGAGCAUGAAUGGAGUGUACAGGCAGUGUGUAAGAGGCCACAUAGGGUGUGUGGGCAGGGUGUGCUGGGAGCACACAGAGAGAGUAUGCACAAAGGGUGCCAGGGGCUGCACUAGAGUGUGCAGGGAGAAGGUGCACAGAGGAGCCUGCAUGGAGUGUGUGGGUACCCAUGCACAAGUGGUGUGGAGAGUGUGUACAUGGAGAACUUGGACGAAGUGUGCAUGGAACAAGAGUGCGCAGAGAGAGCAUGUGGACAGUGUUUGUAGGGACUGUGCACAGAGUGUGCUGGGAGUGAGUGCACAGGGCAUGAGGAAAGAGCACAUGAGGCUUCCGUAUUCUUGUGAAGAGAGCAGGCAGGCAGUGUGUGCAUGGAGCAUGCAUGGAGUGUGCAGUGAGUGUGCAGAGCAUGAGGAGAAAGCACAUGCUUUGCUUGCAGGGAGUGUGCACAGAGCACACAGGAGCAUGCCCCAAGAGUAGGAGUCAGGCCAUGCAUGGAGCUUUCCUGAAUGCACAGUGGCCCAAAAGGGGGCUCCCCACUACACCAUCCCUCCUCCAGCCCCCAAACACGGGCUGACAAGCGCUGCCCUUCUGCUGCACUGGGAUUUUCCAUGAAAAUCCUCAGAUUUGGGACUCUGCCCCAGGGUCUUCCUGGGAAUAGGUUUAGGAUGAGAAGUGGGGAGUGGGCGGCCAAGCACGCCGGGCCCUGGGGCGCAGGUGGGGGAUUGGUAAGAGGGUGCCAGGGCCCCUCAGGGUGCUCAGGGUGCUACUAACCAAUAAACUCACGGUCCCGCCCAACUGGUGCCUGUGGGUGUCUUUGUGGGAGUGGGGACCCCACCCGGAGUGAGGGGACAUGCUGAGGUGGGCAGUGGCUGAGAACCAGUGAGCUCAACGCACCGGCUGGCUGCCAGAUUUAUGGGUGACAGUCAUUCACUCUGGUCCCUACUGAUGGCAUCCCAAGCUGAAAGUUAGUUUAAUCUGAAUUUGUCUUUGAACAUGGUGGGGAACUUGUUCUGAUUAAUUAAACUCAUUAACCACUGGUGUCCCCAGCCCCGCUGCUGCCAGUGUCAUCACACUCCUACCACCACCAUAACUUGACCAAGCUCUUUGUGUCCACCCCCCCUCAGCACUU